ACAGAGCGGCAGCAGCACAGCCCCGACACAAGUGCUUCUCAAGAGCCGGAGACACGCCGCGUUUAGUCCGCUUUCUCCUCAGUGACCCUUCGCCCCCCGCGGAGCCCGCGAUGCUCCAGAACAUGUAGGAUUCGACCGUCUCGGUGUUUUCUUUUCUUUUUUUCUUUACUUCCACCGGAUAGCCUGCGAACUGUGACACCUCCUCUCCGCCUGGUCGGACCCCCAUUCAUCUGGUCGCGAACCCGAGCGGGCGAACUUUUGCGAGAACUACAAACCAAGUGUCGAGACCCGCCGUCUGCGAUACCCCGGGACCUGACGCCAGACCCGCCAUGAGUGAACAGAGUAUCUGCCAGGCGCGAGCCGCUGUCAUGGUGUACGAUGAUGCCAAUAAGAAGUGGGUCCCAGCCGGUGGUUCCACUGGCUUCAGCAGAGUCCACAUCUACCACCACACAGGCAACAAUGCCUUUCGCGUGGUGGGACGCAAGAUCCAAGAUCAUCAGGUGGUGAUAAACUGUGCACUCCCCAAGGGUCUGAAGUACAACCAGGCCACUCAGACCUUCCACCAGUGGCGUGACUCCAGACAGGUCUACGGCCUCAACUUUGGCAGCAAGGAGGACGCCAAUGUAUUUGCCAGCGCCAUGAUGCAUGCCCUUGAGGUGCUCAACUCCCAGGACUCUGGCCCCACAUUGCCCAGACAAGGCCCCCAGGUUCAGAAUGGACCCACACCAGAGGAGAUGGAGCUGCAGAGAAGGCAGCUUCAGGAGCUGCAGAGGCAGAAGGAGAUGGAGCUCGAGCGUCAAGAGAGGGAGCGUCAGGAGCACGAGCAUGAGCGCCUGGAGCGAGAGAUGCUGGAGCGAGAGCAGGAGCGCGAGCGUCAGGAGCUGGAGCAUCAGGAUAGGGAGGCGCAGGCGGAGAGGGAGCGACUCGAGCGUGAGCGCCAGGAGCAGCAGGAGCGUACAGAGCGUGAGCUGAUGGAGAGGGAGAAGGUGGAGAGAGAGCGGCUGGAGAGAGAGCAGCAGGAGCAGUUGGACAGAGAGCAGCAGGACUGGGAGAGGGGGAGACGCGUCUCGAAUGCCGCUUUUGAAAGCACCCUGUACAGUCCCACUCCUCAGGAGUACGGUAGAACAUCCUCAACACCCGUAUCUCCAUCCACACCCACCUACCCUGCUCCUGGGACUUCAUUAUCGUCAUCCAACACCACACCCCCAACCCCGCCACUCAGGCACUCAGCGUCCCGAUUCGCCACCUCGCUCGGUUCUGCGUUCCACCCGGUACUGCCACACUACGCCACAGUUCCAAGGCGACAGCAGGCCCUCCCGCAGGCCCCGCCCCCUGCUCCGGCUCCGGCCCCUGCUCCACCCAAGUCUGUGGUGUGGUCAGCGUGCAACUUUACGCCCUUGCCUCCAUCACCCCCAGUCAUGAUAAGCAGUCCUCCAGGCAAGGCCGCAGGUCCUCGGCCACUCAUCCCCAUCGCAGCACCUUCCCCUCUGACCCAGAAGCCUCCCUCGCCAUCCCCCAACGGCCCACCCAUGUUUCCCGCACCCUCUCCUUUGACCAUCAUGCACAGCCAUAUUCCGAUCGGCAUCGCCUGUCCAACCCCACCACCUCCACCUACCCCACCCCCUCUCCCCUCCCCUGUAGCUCCCCAUCCGUCUUCCUCCUUCGCCUCGUCUCCCCCCUCCUCAUCCCAGGCUCCUGGUGUGCCCUCUCCCUCCACAGCGUCCCUUGCUGCUGCAGCCACUGCCGCCACCUCUGCCUCUGCUGAGCACCUCUCCCUCCCCCUGGGCCUGGGCCUGUCGGGGCCGGGGGAGCUGGACACAGCUGCAGGCCCAGAUUUCUCCAGCCAGCCCUCGAGUAAACACUCCAACCCCACGCCUCCCCCACCACCACCUCUGCCACCCAGCUCCACUGUGACCUCGCCGACCGCCACCCCCAUCACUACGGCCGCCCACCCUCCCCCGCCCCCUCCUCCUCCUCUCCCUCCCACGCUGACCCCAUGUGGGACGCCCCCCCCACCACCAGGUCCUCCUCCUCCUCCCGGGAACCCACCUCCUCCCCCAGCACCUCCUCUCCCUGCCGGGCUGUUCUCCCCCGCUGAGGACCGUCCCCUCGCAGGCCUGGCCUCCGCCCUCGCUGGAGCCAAGCUGCGCAAAGUGUCAAAGAGUGACGAUGCAGCGGCGUCUCUGGCAGCAGCCAUUUUGGGAGCUGGAGGGGCUGCAGGGGCCAAAUCUGAGGCCAGAGGCAAUGGCCCUCUGCCUGGAGGAGGAGGCCUUAUGGAGGAGAUGAGUGCCCUGUUGGCCAGGAGGAGAAGAAUUGCAGAGAAGGGCUCGUCACCUGAACCUGACCAGAGAUCAGAGGAGGGUGAAAUGAACACAACCCCUAAAGUGUCAGCAUGUAGCACACCAGACAUGCCCAGGAAGCCAUGGGAAAGAACAAACACCAUGAACGGUAGCAAAUCCCCAGUCAUUGGAAGACCUAAAUCCACUCCUACACCGACUGGAUCCUUAACUGCCAACGGUGUGCCAACAGAAGCUGUUGACUAUGACAGAUUGAAACAGGACAUUCUGGAUGAGAUGAGGAAGGAGUUGUCGAAGCUAAAAGAAGAGCUCAUUGAUGCAAUCAGGGAGGAGCUGGGUAAGUCCAGCACGGCGUAGAGGAUCCAAAUCUGCUGUUCAGAACAUCUCCACCAACGUGACCCAAACACAGACAUCUAAAUGGUCGAUCGAAGGCGUGACGAAAAAAACUACGGAGCACAACGGCGGCAAACGGUGGAGACGGCGAUGAUGAUGAUGAUGAUGAUGAUGAUGAAGAUGAAGAUGACGACGACAAUAAUCCUAUUAAUACUGACAGAGGACUAUAUCUGGGGUGGAGUGGCUUUGGACAGAACGACAGUGGACGGGGUAGUGGUGGAAAAGGCUUGUAACGCUGACGUAGCUGCGACUCAUGGAAUCCAUUCUGCAAAGUAUUGUGUUCCCGCGGCCCCCGAUCCCCCCACCUCCUCCUGGGCUGUUCUGACAGAGAAGCGAAAGCCCUUAUGCAACGGCGUUCUCUCGCUCUAUCAGUUAUUAUAAAAAGAAACGACUAAUAAACACACAGCAAAAUAAAACCGAACUCUUCGAUGAUGCUGUGUCAACCAUUGGCGCGUGAGUGAACGGCAACGUUGACGCUCAGAAUCAGAACUCUUGUGAUUUACUAUCAAAAGGCACGUUUUAUUAUUAAGCGAUAGCAGGAAGGUGGGGAUGGAAAAUAAAAAUUUGAUUUCCCAUAAUGCCAUAGGGGUAGCGUGCGUGUGUGCGUUAGGGUGUGUGUGAGUGAGUGAGUGUGUGUGUAUGGGGGACUUGACAGUCUCCGGUGAAGUCCUCCACUGCAGGACACUGUAAAGCUUGUCUUCCUAAAAUACUAUUUUAACCUGAACAUGUACAAAAGAGAGAAAAAGUUAUUUAGAAAACCACGUAUCUAUCGACCAUGUCAGUCUCAGUGAAGAUCCACGGCCAUUUCGAGUAGCUCAAUAAUCCAGUCUUUAAAACAGGAUGCUCUCUCUCUCGUCUGUCUCUUCAUCUGUGAAGUCAUCGUCACACGUGUUGUUUCCCCCGUGAAGUGGGCGACAUUAGUGUGGAGACAUUUUACUGUCACGCUCAUUGAUCAUGGACAGACGUGUAGAUAGAAAGGACUACCUUCCUGUACGUUUUGAUUUGAAGACUCUCUCUCUCUCUCUCUACCCCUUUCUUUGUCAGUCUCCGUCAUGCCCGUCACUCCUAGGUCCUCCGUUUGGUGCACGUGCACUCUUUUUUUUCUUUUUAUGAGGUGAGGGUCACAAGUCUGCCACGAAAUCGUAUUAACUGUCACAAGUUUUAUUACAAGCAAUAAGUGUAGCAUCUAUUGUAAAAGCCCGAGUCCCAACUCCACGAGACAUGUUUCAGUGUUUGUCCUUUCUGAGCCCUUUGCUGGCCACAUGUUACCGUGUGACACUAUACCACUGCUUGUAUUACAGAUUUUCUGUGAAACUGAAGACGACACUGUAAGAAAGGAUUUCAUGGAAUUUCUCAAUAUACUCUCCUUUUUAUUUUGGAAAUUUUUCUUGCUAUAUAAAAUCCAAGGAUAUUGUACAUUUAGCCACAUUGGAGCUGAACUGUUUUUAUUUUACAACAUUUAUACAAGAAAAUACUUUUUAAAGGUGCACAGGUCAACCCAAAUGUGUAAGUGAUGGUGUCCAUAUGAGGACGUGAAUGUGCCAUUUACCCUUUCACCAGUGUUUUCUGAAGUUUGUUUCACCGUUUUGUCUUUGCCUUUUCUUUCCUGCCACUCUCAUAUCCUUAAAACAAGAAACUGUCUUUUCCCUCCACUUAUUACAUAUAUAUAUAUAUAUAUAUAUAUAUAUAAGGGAAGUGUCACUAUAUUCAAAAAAACACUUUGGUUUCAACAUUUUUGGUUCUGAGCUGAGUUUGUUGAGUACAAUCCACCUGAGUGGGACAUGUUGGGAGCUGAGACUGGUGUUCAUAAACUGUAGCUGUUGCACCAAGCUUGUAUGUCAAAGUAGCAGAAAAAAGUCCACGUUAGUCACAAUUCUGUUCCCUCCUGAGCAGGGACAGCCGCACUAAUACAAUCAAACCUCAUGACUCGCUAACAGCCACUUUACAGUGGCGUCUGCAGGACACACGUAAUAACAACCUUUUGACCUUCCAGAGGAUUCCUACGUGAUAUGAUAUCCUGAAAAGGUUUUAAAGUUAUGCUUUAAGAAAUUUAGCAACUACAGAGUUUAUUUUGUGAUAUUCUAAUUGUUACCAACAUCAAGCUGAGGAGUUACAAUGCAAUACAGAGUGUAUAUCAUCACUGUAGCUCAAUCUUAGUGUAACAUGUCUGGCCCCUUUACAAUAGUCAGAUUAUUUAGCCCCUUUUCUAUAUGAGCUAACAUCUGGCUUUUGUCUGCAAUGGGAAUGGAUGCAGUUGGCUUUUACUUGCUGGUCAAAGGACUCUGCAGUGAACGCAGGUUUUAAAUCGGCUCUGAUCGGCACUGAUGGAAGGCUGGCACCCGGGUGAACACCCCAGUGAGGUGAGAGAGCACCUCAGUUGCCUGUGCCGUUGGAGAUGUUGAACCUGAUGAAAAAGACAGAAAGGAAAACUCCUACUUGUAAUGGGAAAGGAGUCAAUCACCCUUUCAUAGCAGCUUCACCGCGUUUUAAAAACCUGUGUAUACCUGCUAAUUUUGGCAUAGAAUAAGUAUAGGUAGCUUUGAGGGGUUUAUGUAGUUGUGAUUUAGUUUCCAUAUUAGGUACAACUGCUUUGUCAUACCUAAUACCUUUGGGGUGAUGGGGCGGGUCGAAGGCACGGUACAAAGCAAUCAUGAAAACGCCAUUGGUCCCUAGUUCCCAGAAUGCAACUUAAUAGUGUCUUUUCACGCCUGGUGAACACCCACUUCAAACUCCACAUCCCCAGUUUGCUCUGGUUUCUGAAGUCACCCAGCCUUCAACACUACAUUAUUUUUCAUAUUGCAUAGCUGUUAAACCUGGUAUCUGACCAAAAGGUUUUGUUAAUCAGAGGCUGCCUGCUGAACUGUUCAAGGGCUUGGAUGUUACUGCUUUGUUAAAAAACUGAGAAAAGGAUUUCCCCCUUAGUUUCUGUCAUUUGCUCGGGUUUGGGUCAAAUUUGUUUAAAAGAAAUACUGUGGUUAAAAAAAAUGCUUUCAAUUACAGUUGAUGUGUACAGAUGCCGUCAUUCUUUGGUUUGACAGGAGGUCUUGGCAUCUGUUUGAACUGGUGUAUUUCAUCCUCCAACUCUCUGUGUCGAUGAAGCUGUGUCAUCCUUUCAUUCACCUUUAAAAAAAAAAAAAAAAAAAAUGUAGGCACACCUGGCCAAGAGGCUCCCUGUCCUGAGUGUUUACACAGCAUCGAUUGCACUUUACAAGAAAAAACCCGCAGAGCAAACCAACGUACUCCGACAACAGUUGCUUAAAGCCUCUGUCGCCAACAGUUGUGGCUAUCUCACCAAAGGAUUCAGACCGGCAGUCUCCUGCUAAACACGAUCACUCAACAAAGUCGCCUUUCUUAUUUUUGUAUCAUUUGUCAAGAGGUCUGAAAGCAGAAAGAUGUCCAUCUCCAUAUUCAGUCCUUUGGACGAGAUGGUAGGUGAAAUGUUCUGAAGCUAUGUGGUCUGUGCCUUGCUCUAAAGUUGCAUUUAUAUGUUAAAGAUAUAAAGAUGAGUAGUAAUAAUAUCUAGGGACUGUAAUUAUGAUCACAUACGGUUAUAUUUUUGUUUCUCUUUCAUCAUUUGAUUCGAAGGGAGAGUUCAGUGACCAUGGUACUGUUCCUCUCCGGGAAAACAUCUUUGCAGAUCUUCGUUUUUUCUUUUUUUCUUUUUUUUUUUACAUAAAUGUCGUUACUUUCUAUACGGUUGUGAGGUUGCUUUUUCUUACAGCUCAGAAGUUCAAUCAAACCUUUUGUGGCUUGUUCCAGUUCAAAGAAGAUCUUUGCUCUGAGAUGAUUUUUCUAAACCAAGUCCCGAUAAGUCUGGCUGCAGUGUUCUGUGUUCCCUCAUGCCAUGUAAAUGUCACAGAGACCGUUUGUGUUCAGCCGCUUAUGUCUUUUUUCUUUUCUAUGUACUUGGGAAUCUCUGAGAAAAAUCUGUUGGGCCCUCUGCAGCGAGGUCUGCUCCAUGUUAAUGUAGGGUCGCUGAUGGAAACAUGUAUCUUUGUCCGUUUUCUGCUGAAGGAGCUGGAAGGUUUGUGAAUUUGCAGGGGGAGUAUUUGCAGAGAGGGAUUUGGGCCGAGGCAAGUUUGGUGGAUGGGUUUCCAGACUUAUUCUUUUAUCAUCUGCAUUGUACCAUACUGUUCUCACGUUAAUUAGUCUUUCUUACAUGCUAACAUAUUGUUUUGUUUGAGCAAAUGAAAUAAAAAAUUGCAAUAUACGAA